AAAUUAGCAAUGGUUGGUAUCAAAAUUAAGCUUAACAUUGACAUAAUUCAAAGUUAUAUUUAGUAAGUAGACUAACACGAAGUGAGGUCCUGAAAGAGGUAUUUAAAAUGGGAUCUAUACGGACGUUGACUGAUGAUAAAUUCGACCACUGUGUUAUUAAAAAAAAUUCUCCAUAGUAUUAUAUUAAAACUUUCCGGAAACCUCUUCAACAGUCAUUUCUGGAUCAAGUAAUGAAAAAUGGCUCAAUGUCAGAGUGCUACAACUGCAGUAAGAAGAGCAAGUCCCAAAGAGCGCGUCCAAAAAGUGCAAUAAUUCCACUGGGCGGAGCAAAUUCAGGAAGUGUUGCAACUUUACUUGGCACAGCAACUCCAAAUGGCACAGCAAAUUCAGGAAUAGACAUCUGACAUGUUGGGCUUUUUUGGGAUCAAUUCAUAUUUUCGGGAUCUGGUUCUGUUUCAAAAUGAAUGAAACAUUUACGCCUAAGCGCAUCAACGAUCUGCCAGUCUUUAGUCAAAAUAUAUGGAGUGACGAAUCAUACCGGAUCAAACAGGAACUUAAUAAAAAAUUUAGUUUGGACGACAUUAUGCAGACUCAAUGCAUAGAUGCUUUAUUAGCCGCUGACCCAGAACAGUCUAAAAUCGAACUGAACGAAGAUAAACUAGUUUAUGUUGGUGACACCAUACUUUUUAAGGUUUUUCUUUUCGACGGGUAUGGAAAGUUAAAAUCUGUUGGUGGCGAUCACCUUCGAGCAAGGCUAUUCAAUGAUUCUAUUAAAGCAUAUACAAAUGGACACAUUACGGACCACAAAAAUGGAACAUAUACUGUACAAGUAGAUGCAUUAUGGUCGGGUGCGGCUCAUUUGGAAGUAGAACUUUUAUUCACGAGGGAAGUUAUAGCAGCUAUGCUUCGCUUGAGGCGUGACUGGCAUUUCAGAGACGCAAGAGCAAUAUUUACACGCUUUAAUAUUUCUGAGUCGACGCAAUGUAGUGCUGACGAUUUAACAUUGAGAGAUGAUACCGGAUAUUCUAGCCUGUGUAAUUUGUUUUAUUGGAAUAACACGAUGCCGUGGUUCUGUGUAAAACCACAUUACAAAAACUUGUCUUGUUCUGAUUUGUCAUUUUACAAACACAACUGGAUUGGAUUUGUCACAAAUCUGAGCAAAUGUGAACUUCACUUAGCCAACAGGGAACUAUUUACCAUUGGGAAGAUAAUAAGUAUUACAAUUUUACCAACUUCUAGAAGUAAACAGCAAGCAGCGUUUGAUUUGCGAACUAUACCAUGCACAAAAUACAGCAGAAAAAAACUGUGGUUUUUAAAAAACUCAACAGGGUAUUUCUACAAUGGAAAAUGGAUACUACGGCAUUGUAAAGGAGAGCUUAAAAGCGUAGGAGAAUGUCUUCGCAACACUGUUUUGUACUUUUGGGGUGACUCAACACUACACCAGUGGUUUAAUUAUUUUCAUUCCCAUACUAACAUAGGAUGUAAAAUUGUAUAUCAUGAAGGUAAGGGCUUUUUUAAAAGGAUCAGAGCUUACUGCAAACAAUACAAUUUGUUAUUGAUUUAUAUACCUCAUAACAUUCCGGCAGCUGCAGCUAAGGAUUCUAAUAUAAACACUACUUUCGCCAACACAUUGCACGAUCAACUGAACUGUUCAAAAACUGUAAGCAAACGUAUUUUAGUUAUUCAUUUAUAUGCACAUAUUCAGCUUCAAAGUAUAAAGUUUUUCAUUGCCAACAUGCUCUCAGUACGGCGGUAUUUGGAACAAGUGAUAAAACAAGAUUGUGUAUUUAGAAUAUUCAUCAAAUUGCCUCAUACACAUCGGGAGGAGAGAAUUGAAACUUGGACAAUAAGGCAGCCAGAUUAUAUUGGCUUUUUAUAUACUUUCAUUAUACGUGAAAUGUUACGUGGGCUCCAUCAAAAAGUAAUUCCCCUGAAUAACAGAGAUGCAACAACUGCAGUAAAAAGUAUGGAAUUACAUCCAAACAAAAUGUUGGUAUCAGCUAUGGUUGAAACUCUUUUGAACUACAUUUGUAAUAAUCGCAUAGAAAAACACGUUCUUGGUAAGUAAUGUUGAUGACAGUUUCAAAACACGCAAUACUAUAUUUUGUAAGUACGUGUGAAUUAUGUCACUUUGAAAACUUACAAACUAGCCGAAAAGCAAACAAGUAGCAUGGUUUGAACGCUUGUUUGUUGACAUUUUCAUAACAUGAUGGCACUGCAUUUAUAAAAUGUGCAUGCAUAGCGUGUCAUUCUGCUGAUAGAUAUUCUAGUGUACAAAAUGUAUAUAUAAACAAUAUAAUAUUAAUAGUCAUAAAAGGCGAUGUUUUGUAGAUUUUGUGGCUGUGAAAAUCCACGUAAUUUAGUUCCGAGUAAUAUCUAGAAUUCUCAUAUGUAAGUCCCUACGAUAUAGCUGUUUCAGUAAAAUAUCGAAAAAAAGUCAACGGAAUUACGUGAUUGUACAAUAUGACGUCGUGUUAGAAAAUCAUUUUGAUUACCGAAAUGCAUGCGGUUUAUUAGAAGCAUUGAUUGUCAAGCGACUUUCCUCAAAUAAACUACUUUUACUGUAUCGUAACUACACUGGUAGCCGUGUGUUUGGAUCUGUCCAAUAUGGCCUCUUCCAAGCAAAAAAUGUCAAAAACAUCACGUACGUUUUGAUAUUUUUUACGAUUUAACACAUCUUUGUACAUUCAAAAUUACUAUGUUUACAGUUUUCAUUAUAUACGAGGAAUCUUUCAAAACAUGUGCCACACUUAAUUUAGCCAUCAUAUAAAUCUUUUUUUACUAUGACAAAACAAUUAAGUAAAAUAAGGACUGAAUUUUAAGAUCGGUCGUAGAAAUCUAGCGGUGUGCCGUAACCAUGGAAACGGCUACAGAAGCUGGUCAUCGCGGAAACUCAAAAAACUUUCUUGUGUCAUAUUUCAAAAGGUAAUAGUAUUAUUUUUCAUAUUUUCAUUAAAUUAUGAAUAUCUAUUGUUUGCAGUGAUUAUAUUCUAAAUAUCUUAUUAAAUUUCUUAAUUGUCAUCAGCUCGUGCAAUUUUAGUAAUUAGCACAUGCAUUCAAUUGUGAACCAACAAGGUGCCUUUGUUAAAUUAAAUCAGAAAAUUAUUUAAAUAUUUUUUGGACUUCAUUACAACUGUGGCUGAUUUUUGGCUUGAAAAUUUUGUAUAAUACGCCUGCAAAUAAAAUUCUAAAAAUUUUGAUACGUCAUUAUAACAUCAUUUUAAUUAUAUUAAUGCAGCGGAUUACAUGCCAUAUAGGCUAUUAAUUCGCUUCCUUUAUUCAAUACGUAUUGACAAUGAAGUUAAGGAAUAAGUCGUUAAAUCUCGGCUUGGAAUAUAUAAUGUAUAUUACAUAAAAAAUAAAACACAAUUUAUUAAAUUAAUUGUUGCAAAAUAUAUUGAUAAAUUGUGUUUUUGACAUUGUUAGCUGUCAGUAUUGUAUAAAUACGCUUAACAUAUAAAUCAUGCAUAAAAUUGUUCUCUGUUUCGUUGAUAUUUUUACUUAUACGGUUACGAAAUCAAAUAUUGUAGAUUACUUAAUAAUUAAUCGUAUUACCGGACUUCUCUCGAUUAUUCAGCUGUACCAUAAUGGGAGUUUACUAGGUCUAGAGUAAAAGCUUUGCGUGGGCUGCUCUACCAUAGUGAUGCUAAUGUUCGUGUGGAAAGAAUGUACGAUAAAAUUUGCAAAAUAAUAAUAAGGCUUUGCGUAUUUCCUAUUUUGGGGGUGGGUCACUUAUUGUUACUCUGUUGAAAUCUUGUAUUAUGCAAUCAACUUUCAGGAGAUAUCAUCACCACUGGUAUGUUACCAAGUACACUUAAUAUUUUGUAUAUAACGCAGAUGGAAAAAUCAAAGAUGUAGCUUUAUACAUCCUCUGCAUGCGGUAACGAAAAAAAUAUCUAUGUAACACACACAGUUAAAGUGUCAGUUUGCAAAAGGAAAGUCAGUAAAUGUUAUCCUUAUACGUUUUCAUUCC